AUGCAGCUCAGUAAAACAAUUUUAAAAAAUACCAGUCCUAGUAUUUUUUUAGUUACAUUUUUGUUUUUAUUUCUCAUGAAAGAAGUUUAUUCUGAAUGGAAUACUAAGGAUUAUAUGAAACGAAAACAUUCACUAUUGAGACCCUAUCAAGGUAAGAUUAAUCAAUUAUUAUUAUUAUCAAAUGUCAAAUUAUUGUUUUUAUAGGAUCUGGCAUAACAAUACCCAACUGGGAUUUUAUGGGUUCCACUAUAAUAACAGACAAACAUGUGCGAUUAACACCCGAUUUGCAAAGCAAGUCUGGUUCAAUAUGGAAUUCUAUUGUAUGUAUCUGUAUUUUAAAAUUAGUUAUUACAAGAUGACUAGUAUUACUUAUGCAUUAUUUCCUGUAGCCAUGUUUUCUUAAUAAUUGGGAAUUACAAGUGCAUUUUAAAAUUCACGGCAAAGAUAAAAAAAGUCUGCAUGGUGAUGGAAUGGCGAUUUGGUACACUCGAGAAAGAAUGAAAUAUGGGCCAGUGUUUGGCAAUAAAGAUUUAUUUGAAGGACUUGCUGUUAUAAUUGACACGUAUAGUAAUCAUAAUGGAGAACAUAAUGUGCAUAUCUAAUUUAUUGAUAAUCUUUUAAACAUUUUCCUGUAAUUUAAUAUGUUGGAUUUUAAAUAGCAUCAACAUCCAUACAUCUCAUCGAUGAUUAAUAAUGGAACUUUGCAUUAUGAUCAUGAUCGUGAUGGUACGCAUACAGAAUUAGCAGGAUGUGAAGUUACAGCUAGAAAUUUGGAUACUGAAACUUAUGUUUUAAUAAGAUAUGUCAGCAAUACUCUUACUGGUAAAUUUUAUUUUAUUUCAUUUUAAAGAAAAUUAGUCGCAGAUAUCAUUUUUGUAUUUUUGUGUUGACGCUAUGAUGUUAUGUUACUUCAUAGAAUUAUUACCCAUAAAAGAUAGUUCCAUAACAUUUUUACCUUUUCGUCAUACAGAUUUGCUUAAGUAAUAUAAAUUAAAUUUUUGUUAUAAAAAGGAAUAUUUGGUUUAUUAAUAAAAUAUAAAAUGAUCACUGUUAAAUAUCAGUUAGACAAAUAAUCAUGUCAUGAGAAUAAUGCUAAUAUUGGGUCUACAGUCUUUAUUGUGGAACUAUAAUAUCAAUGCUGAUACAUUUUUUUUAAAAAUAUAAUUUAUAUUAUAUAUUAUAUGUGUAUAAUGUUUAUAAUAUCGUAUAAUUAUCAUAUGAUAAUAAGUUGAAAAUUAUAUUUAAUUUCAUAAUAAUCUCAAAGUAUAAUAAUGGUUUGAAAUGUAAGCAAAAUGUCACUAGCAAUACUUAAAUAUUGUAAGUCUAAUAUUAAUUGUCGAGUAAGCAAAUUAGGAAUUGGUUUUUACUUUAAAAUUAAUUAAUUGUUUUAGUAAUGACAGAUUUAGAAGAUAAAGCAGUUUGGAAGCCUUGUUUUACCGCUGAUGGAAUAGAACUACCAACUGGUUAUUAUUUUGGAUUUUCAGCAGCAACAGGAGACUUAUCAGAUAAUCAUGACAUUUUAGCAGUUCGGCUGUAUGAAGUUGACUCUGAUGAUCCUGUAACUCUUCAUUUAUAUAGAAUUCUAUCUAAUUAAAGAAUGUAAUUAAUAUGUUUGUACACUUUUUAUCGCGGUGUUAUUUUCAGAAUGAAACUAUUAUUAAAGACCGUUCAAAAAUAAUUCCUUCAGCUAAAAAAUUCAGUCCACCAAGAGGUACUUUAGUUUUGGCUUUUAAUCUUUUUAAUUUAUAUAAAUUAUACUCUUAUUAUUUUCAGAACAUGUUGAAGAUGCUAAAAGUGAAAGUUGGAGUGGUUUAAAAAUAUUUUUCAUUGUCAUUUCAGUCAUUAUCAUAAUUGGUGUUUUAAUAAUUGGUGGCGUAUGGUAUUGGGAAUACUUACAAACUCAAUCACGUAAAACAUUUUACUAAGCAGCACGCUUGGAGAAUAUAAAUGGGUAAAAUAUAAAUUAAAUUAAUUGUAUUAUGUCAAUAUUGCCAUUACAAAAAGAAAAUGUGUUAUAUGUUUUAUUUAUAUUAUUAAAUUAUAAAACAAAUAAUGCUCUCAUAUACUACUGACAAAUUUUGAUAAAAAUUGUGGUAUUGUUAUUGUGGAUUUAAGUUUUUAUUGUAUAUAAUAUAUAUACACGGUAUUUGUGUUCCAUUUUAAAUUCCAUUAAUUAUUAUUGUUCUACUUAGUCACUAGAAUUAAAAUUUAAAACUAUAUUAUAUCAUAGAUUAAAUACAGUGUACAUAAUUUAUGUUUAUAUUAUGUAUUUAGAUACAAUAAUAUGAUUUUUACAUACAUUAUAAACUUAAUGAAAUGUAUACAAGUUAUAAUAAAAUAAAAUUUAAUUUAAUACCCAUUAUUUAUUAUUUGUUAUAGUAAGUACUCAUAGAUACACUAUAAAUGUGGACAUGUAUUAAUUUAAAAUCAAGCAUUUUGUAUAUAAUUUCUUAUUUACAAAUGUGAAUUUUUAUAAUUUUUUUUUUUUAUAUAUAUGUAUAACAUCUACUUGGGAAUAUUACAUACAAUUAUCGUUAGGAUAGAAGUUCACUUUAUAUCAUGAAUAAAAUGCAUGCCAAUCCUUUUUCCACAUAAAUGUUAUUGUAACAUAAUUGAGUCUGCUUUUAAAUUAAAUAUUUAUUAUUAUACAGUAAAAAAUUUAAAAAUAUUAAGUACAAUUUUAACUAAGUAAUAAAUGUACUUAAAAAAUUGGAAUAUUUGUCAACCUUCAUCUACCUGAACUUGUUGAAUUGUAAAUUUCUUAUUUUCCAUCUUUCUUAUAAAUUAGUGAACUAAUAAGUAGAUUAACAUAUUUUUACAAAAUUAAAUUAUUAAGAAAAUAUUUUACUAGAAAAUCUGGAAAAGAAUGAAGAUAGAUUUUAAUUUACUUAAACUUAUUAUUUUGUAACACAACUUCAUUUAAAUUAACACAUUGACCGUAGCAUGGAACUGGAUGACCUGUAGGGGGGGGGGCCUUGUGGAAUAUUUUUUUGUCAAAGAGAUUCUUCUUCUCUAAAAUCAAUAUAAAUAUCUAUAUCAGGAAAAAUACCUGAAAUCUGGAGCGGUGACAAAUUUUAUACAUUUUGACUUCUUUGCAGAGGUGUAUGAAGAAAUAGUCUAGUUAUUUUAUUUAAUAGAAGUUUGUAAAUAAAAUACAAUUGCCAAUAAUAAUGUGUCAACAUUCGCUGUAGAAACCAAUACAUUUUGUUAACAUCAUCACAUAAUUUAUUAAAAAUAAUCUAAUAAAACCAUAUUUAACCAAAUUUACUUAACGAAAAAUAUGAUUGGGUAUAAGUACCAAAAAUUACUACUUACUACACCCAUAUAGAUAUUAAGCUAUAAUAAUAUCAAUUAUAGUAGAAACUAGGGUAUAUAGUUAUCAAAUUGGUAUUAUGUAAUAGUAAAAUUAGUUUUGAAAUGAAGAGAGAAACAUUGUUGAUCAAUGAUUCACAUAAAUAGUGUAAUGUUCAUCAAUUAGUAUUCAUAUGCUACACAUAUUAUAUUAAUUGUAUUAUGUAACCAUAAAUAAUUGGCUAUGAUAUAAACUAGACAAUGGACAAUGUUUUUCAUAUUAAUAUUUAUCAACCAUACAUUUUAAAUAUUCACAAAAAACAGCUAAUUAAGUAGGUAUAUCUACCUAAUUUUUUCAGACAACAAGCUAGCUGAUAUAAUCAUGUAAGACUAUUAUUAUUGCCUUAUAGUUUAUUAUUUCAGCAGGUAUAUCUAAAUUACUGAAUUUGGAUUAUGGAAUCUAAAAUAAUAAACACAUUACAUUAAAUGAAGUGCAAUAUUUUUUUACUCACGUCAGAAAAAUUUCUGAUAGUGGUUUUCUUUGGAAAAUUAAAUAUAAAAUAGUUCAAAAUAUUAUGCAAAUUCUUUUGAUUUAUUCAAAGAACCUUACUUUAACAUGUAGGAAAACUAUAUGAUUAACUUCUAACUUCUAGUACACAAUAAAUAACAAGAUAUUAUAAAAAAGAAAGUAAAAAAUUAUAUUCAUAAAAUAAAUAUUGACAAAAAUAAAAAUUAGUUACUAGACAACAUAUUUAAUUUUCAAUUGGAAGAAUACAAAUGAUAUUUAAAAUCAGGAACAAAUAAAUAUAAUGAGACCUUAAGGAAGUUGUAGUAAAAUACCUCAACAUAAAUGUUUUCAUUCAUUGACAUUAUCAUUGUCAGAUUCAUCAGAACAAGACAUUUUUUUUCUCAUUACAAAGUUUACUCUUUUGAGUUUUUUUAAACUUCUAGUUUUCAAUUGAUUAUUAUUUUCUUUAUCAUCAAUGACUUGUCCUUCUAAAGGUCUGUGCAACCUUUUUUUCACCUUAGCUUCGAUAUUAUGAUAUUUGUAUGGUAUUAUCUUACAAUGUUUGCUAAAAACAAUUUUUUUAUCUGUAAUUCUCUUUAAAUGAUUUUUACAAAUCGCAUGGUUUUUAUUUAUAUAAUUUAACUCAUUAAUUGUAUUACGAUUUAAAAUAUUUUCAUUUUGUUUAGGUUUAUCUACAUAAGGUUCGGAACUAUACGUUUUAAAAUUAUUCCCAGUAUAGCAAUUUUUUUCAAUGAUACAAUUAUGUGUUAAACAAUCAGCAAAACUUGUAUGGUUGUUUUCACUCUUAGAAAUCCACUUAAAUGUGUGGAAAGAUGAUAAAUAAUAAGAAUUAUUUGGAACAUAAUAAUUACAGUUAUCACAAUCUAAUAAUUCAUGAUUUUUAGUUGAAAUAGUAUUCUUUACAAUUUGUGCACCAGAACUUACAGGAGAUAAAUAAUUAAUAGGCAUUUGAACAUUAGAAUUAACAGGAAUAGAAAAUUUCACAGGAUACUCAGUGGUUGCAACAUCAGAGUUAACAGAAGUAAAACUAUUAAUAAAAUCAUCUACAAUUUCAGUGUUUGAGUUAACUGGAAAAUAAGUAUCCAGUAAAUCUCUAGCAGCAUUGUAACAAUUUAUACAUUCAGUUUUACAGUUCAAAACUUCAAGUGAUUUUACUAUUGAUUCAUCAGUCCAAGUUACAGGAUUACUAAAUUUUUGAUAAUUAAUAUGGUUUAAAAAAAGAUCAGUUUGUGUGAUCGACUUAGGUUUUUUUAUAAUAUCUUGUGAUUCAGUUGACGAUUGAUCAUCAGAAGUCACAGAAUCAUUAGAAUUUUCAUCAUCACUAACACAAUCUUUUGAUAUGAGUUCUAUUUCUUCAUUAUCUAAUGAUGUAACCGAUGAUAAUUCAUCAAAGCUUGUUACAGAAUCGUGAGAACUUCCAUUGCUUAUAGUAUCUAAAUCUUUAGAAUUUGAUAUACAUGAAGAUUGUGCUUGAUUAAUGAGUAAUUCAGAAUCAUUAAGUUCAUUUUCAAAAUUGUCAGUUUCAUUAUCAAUUAUAAUAUCAGAAUAAUCAAUUAUUGGAAUAUAUUUUGAAUCAACAUUAUUACUUAAUGAUGCAAUUUGUAAUUUAUUGUUAUUAAUAAAAGCAUCAGAACUAUCAUUAUUUAUAACAUCUGCAAAUUUAAUGCUAGGUGUAAGUAAUGUUUUUUCAUCAUUCGUAUUCAAACUGUUUGAAAAUGUAUUCAUUGAUUCAUUUUUUUCUUUGUCAUCUAAAAUGAAAAAAUCUAUCAAUUUUUUAUUCAAUUUGUUGUAUUCUUCUUUUUCAUUUAUAAAGUAAAAACCAUAAUCACUAAGUUUAGGUUUAAGUUUAUUAAUUUGAAAAUGCUCAGUAACUAGAUCGUCAGAAUUUAUAUUGUUUUCAUAAUUUUCAUCACAAAUUCUAAAAAAAUCUGUAUUUUCUAAAUUUUCAUUAAUUUCAUCUGGGUUUUUUUUAUCACUCGUAUUCUCUACGUAUUCACUAUCAGAUCUAAUUGCCUUCAUUAACAAUUUGAAAAGUUCCGAACGUGUUUUUUUUAAAUGUACGUUUUCAUUACCUGAAUUAAUUUCAUUUUUUAUCUUUAUAAUACCCAUGUCUGAAUCUUGUGAAUUUCGAAUAACUUCAUCAGGUUCUUUUUUAAAAUCCGUACAAAUUAAAUUUUCAGUAUUUGUAUAAUGUAGAUAUUUUUGUUUUUUUUCCUCAUCACUUAUUAAACUUGUACAAUUUAUUUCAGUAUUUGUAAAAUCAUAAUCUGUAUAACUUAGACAUAUUUUAUCAAUUUCUUUUUCAUCCAAAGUAAAAUUCAAUACUAAUUGAUAAUAUACAUUAUUGGAAAUUCCAUCAUAAUUUUUACCUGGGUUAUCAAUAAAUAAUGGAUAUUUUAAUCUGUCUUUAACAUUUAUAAACGAUAUUGGACAUUGUUUGUAAUCAUAAUCAUCAAUAACAUAAUCAAUAUCAGAAAUAAUUGUACAAUUAUUAACUUUAAAUUUAUGCAAAGUUGAAGAUUGAUAAUUUCUAGAAACAACAUUAUCAUUAUCAAUAACAACUUUGCACUUAUUAAUUUGUACACAUUUUGUUUUAUCAUUGCCACUUAUAUCUUCUGAAAACUCAUUAAAAAUACUAUUAUUGCAUGCUGGCAAUUUUGUCUGUGUUUCAUUAUUUAAUAUUACAGGUUGUAACUGAUUGAGUGUAAAAUUUAAUAAUUGAUUAUAACUAUUGACAGGCUUAAUAUAACUACUUAUAUCAUUUAUGUCUAAAUAUUGAUAACUUGGACUUAAUGUUUGAAGAUCUAAGAACUUGGUGUUAGAUGUUAAUUUUAUUUUUUUGUUUUUUAUAUUUGCAGCUGGUUGUGAAUAAUCAAGAGAAUGAUGAGAUUUUCUUUUAGUAUUAUUAAUUCUCGAAGUUUUAUAUAAUUCAGAAGGCGGUUUACAACGUAUAGUUUGAAUUUUAUUAGAAAUUCCAAUACUUGCAUCUAAAUUCUUUGAUAUUGAAUUUGUUUCACUAAUAUUACAAGUUUCUGUUAUACCUGGUGAUUGAUCACAAGUAAUACUAUAAUUGUUAUUUACAAUAUUUGAAUAAUUGGUUUCCAUAUAUUCUUCUUUAAUAUGAAUUACCGGUGUAAUUAUUUGUUGAUCACUUAUAGGAUCAUCAUCAUCAAAAAAUUCAUUUUUUAUCUGAUAUUGAUUGUUUGGAGGUGAAAACAUUACUUUAUUCCACAGUAAAUGAUUUUUUUUUUUUUCGACAACAAAUGAUGAAGUUGAAUGUUGAUUGUAACCAACAAUUUCAUUAGCAUUUGUGUUACUCACAUCUAGAUAUGAACUGCUUUUAGAAUAUUCAAUUUUAGAUGAUACAGGAUCAUUAUAAAUUUCAUCGUAAUCAUCAAACAAAAAACCUGAAUACACAUAUUUAUAAUCUUGUAGAUUUUUACUGGAAUCUAUUGAAUCAGUUAAUGAUUCAUUAGAAUUUUCCAAAGAAAUUAUUUUAUUUUUGGAAUCUAUAGGAUCUGAUGAUUUAUCAUUAAUAAUAGGUUCUAGUUCUGUUUUAAUAAUUAACUCAGCAGUAGAUAAUUGAUUAAGUUCACUAUAAGUAUCUUCAAUACUCGAUUCAUUAAAUAAAAUAUCAUCAGUGUACUGAAAUAGAUUUUGACUAUGUGGUUCAUAAAUCCAAUCAGAAUCAUUAUAAUUUAUAGUAGAAGUACUACUACUUUGUAUUUCUAAAUUAACAUCACUAGCAUAAUAAUCAUCAUCAUAUUUAGCGCUAUCAUAAUGGUUUUCAUCUUCUUGUUCAAUUUUUACUUGAAACUUGUUAAAAUCUUCUUCAUUAAAUUCAAGUUUGAUAAUAUCUAGCGCAAUAGGAUCAGUACUGUCACUAUAAGUUACUUUCUUUUCUGGAAUUUUGCGAACAUUAAUUUUUUGUUUUUUAUGUUUAUUAUUUUUAACUGUGGGUAAUAUAAAAUGUCCAAGUGAAAAAUUAUCAUUUUUUGGGUCAUUAUGGCGACGAUUAUAAUGAUAAUGUAAACAGUCUCUUUUAACUACCAUUGAACAUUUACUACAUGAUAUCAACAAACAAUUUUCAAGUCGAGGAAUAAGACCAAAUACAGGAAUAUCUUCAUCUGAUAAUUCAAUAGGAUUUACUGAUUUGAAAUUGUCCAUAUAGUCGUCGAUGGGAAUGCUGCACAGUUCAUCAUGGAAUUUAGACCAGUUCUGUUUUUGAGUUGUUUCAAAAGUAGUGUUAAUGUCUUGAACAAACGGUUGAUUGUGAAAAGAGGACAUUGUAUUCUAGACACUGUCUAGCUGAAAAAAAAAACCAAAAUACAUCAAAUUACAUAUUUUGAAUGAUUACAUUUUAAAGUAAUAAUGUUGAACUACAAUUUAUCUACUAUUUAAAAAAAAUAAAAACAUGUAUCUACUUAAAAGUAAUUGCUUAUUUAGGUAAUUAUAAUUGUAUGGCAAAUUUAAUUAGAAAUAGUUAUAUUGUUAUUAGUUAUAUUCAUUCACUUCUCCUUCAAAUCAUUUCCCAGCUAUUUUGGUCCUAAAUCUAUUAUAUGUGUACAAUAGGUUAAAAUAUUUGGGUUUUAAAGUUUCAAUAAAAAAUUAUACUUAGAAAAAUUUGAACUAGAUACCCACUUAACUAGAUACUCAGCCAUUAAUAAUAAAAUAUGUGUAAUUAUGUUAACUGUAGUUAAACAGAUUAAAUGUACAAUAAUAAAUUAAGAAUUUGUAAAAAUUAGGUAGGGAAUAUUGUUUAAAUAAUUUUAAGCUGGCAUAGUAUUAUUUAAAUUUAAUAUUUAUUUAGACAUUUUACUAGUUUUAGUUUUUUACUAUCAUUAGGUAUCUACUGAAAAAAACAUUGUUAAAUGGUUAACCAAUAACCACAAAUAUUUGAAAAUAAAUAUGGACCCCUUCCAGACUACAAGUAUAUACUACGGAAAGUAUAUUCUGUUACAAUUUUUCAGUUGAACUUAAAUUUUAUUGUUGAUUAAAACAAAUAUAUUCAUGUAAAUAAGUAAAAAAAUAAUAAUAUGCAAGUUAAUUAAAAUAAAUUAAUAAAUACUGGGUAAAUUUUUUUUUUGUAUGUUAUAAUCGAGACAUUCUCCAGAAAAAUAUUCAAAAACUGCCACUAUCAUUAUGUAUAUGGUAGCUUUUUAAAACAGAAUUUAAAUAUUUAUUUUACUGUGUGUUCAUUAUAAUUACAUUUUUUCUAUGUUAUUACCCAUAUUAUGGCUAGAUUAUGUCCUACUUUUGUACAGCAAUACCAAUUAUUGUAAACUACACCAUUCACAAUAUUCCAAUCACAAAUAGCACUUCAGUAUGUGACCUACGUUUUCAUUUUCUCCUAAAUUUAUCCUCUUAACUACAUAUUCAAGAGAUCUGCUGUAAAGCAUUGAAGGUACUUGGAUUUAUUAUACAUAUUUCUGAAUUUAAAUUAGACCGUUUAUUAAAGAUACCCUUUUACUCUUUAGUUUGACCAAUCUUAGAGUACGGAUCUAUUAUUUAAAACCCUCAAUUGUGUAUUGACACUAAUGAUAGAAAAGGUUUAAUAGAAAUUUCUUUAAUUUGCUACUUAUUCACUGUAAGUACCUUGUCCUCCAAAUGAAUACAAGCUCAUCCGUUUAGCUUUAAAUUUAUCCAGUCUUGCUGUUUGGAGAAAUAUUUCAUUUAUUCUUAAGCUAUUAUCUAACCUAAUUGACUGCCCUCCUUAAUAAAUUUAAUUUUAAAGUUCUACCACAUUACUCUAGAUGCACUCCUCUAAAUUUAAUACUAUUUUCAUUUUCUAAUUAUUUAUUAAACUCCCCUAUUUAUCGUUUUAUGUGUAUUGCUAAUGAAUUUCUUUAAUUAUCCUUAAAUUAAUUUAUCAACUGGGUCUUUACUAUCAUUAUUUAUAAACAUUAUUACCUUUACUUAUUAUUAUAUUACUUCUUUUCACUUAAGUUAUUGUAAAUAUCUAUUAUAUAUUUCACAUUAUUUUGAGCCCUGGCCUGUAUUUUAAUAACAUAAAUAAAUUAAAUGUUUUGCAAAAUUUGAUUUAGAGUUUUGUUUCUCUUAUUUAAUUUCAACAAUGUUUUCUUUAAAUCUUGUUUUAAAAUUCACAUCUGCUUCAUUUAUGAUUUACAUAAAUUCCAUUUUAGGAACAAAUGCAGUUUAGCUCCCAAGUGUUUUUUUUUUUCAAAAUGUGUUUUGCCAUGCUUAAUUUGAUAGUACUUUAAAAAAAAUAACUCAAACUUCAUUUGGAAGUUAUGGUCAAAAAACUUUAAAAUGCACAAUUUGUCUAAAACUUGUGUUUUUGAGUUUAAAAUAGCAAACAUUUAUAUUUUUAGAAUUUUUUCUUUAGAAAUGGUAGGAAUUAUAUUAUAUUAAUAUUUCGGUGAUGAAAUCAGAAUUCACCUAUAUCGUACUUACUUUUUAUGUUCUUGUUAAUAAAUCAUGUAAAACAUAAUUAUAAUGUUAUUUCAAUCAUUUGCAUAUUAAAGUAACUCACAAUAAUUUCUUAGAUUAUUUUUUUUUCUUAUUUGGUGCGUAAUAACAAAGAAGUUUUUGGUAAAAUCAGAGGUAACUAAUAUUUUUUGGUUUGGAAGAAACAGUGGGAAAAUGUAUCUUUUCCAUCACAUUUUAUAUUUGGAAAAACAUUUAAUACUAUCUUUUUUUUUUUUAAUUACUUACUGAAACCAGAAUAAUUAAAAAAAAAAUCCUGACGAGAUUAUAACGUCAAAUUAUUGUUAUAAAUAACAUAUCCAAAUGGUCAUUCGCUCGGACUGUUUAAUUCGAAAAUAAAAUCAGAUUUUUUAGCAACACCACGUCGUGUAUAUUACAUAAUGCAUUUUGGGUGAACUAAGAAACCCGGUGAAAAUAACGUAAUGAAAAAAAAAAAUUGCUGUGUUCGAUUCGUAUUUAUCGAACUUUAUACUGCUAUGUCCGCGUAAUCCAUUGCUCCACAGUAAAAUGUGUACAGACGUCACGAAAAUAGCCAUUUAAGCGAAACUGUAAUAACGACAAACUUCGUUGGUUAAUGGUAAACUAAAUUGGUUGGUAAAUGGUUAAAACUUCUAUAACAAUGAUUUCCGCAGAAAAAUUCAAAUAUUUUCACAAGUGAUGUCGCAAAAUACAUCUUAAAAAAAGUAGUACAUUUACAUUAGGUAUAAUAUGUAUACAUACGAGUGCGUGUACACGAAACUAUGGGCACACACAAAUAUACACACACACACACACACACACACACACACACACAUACAUACAUACAUACAUACAUACAUACAAACAUCAUAAUAUUAUUGUCACGCCCAUUUAAUGGAUGUAUUAAAAAUGUCGUCAGCUACCAAUAAGAUAUAAGUAAUGUCAACCAAAAAUUAUCAUAAAUAAGUACGAUUGUAUAAUUCUUAAUAUUAUUACAUACUCCACACAAUUAUAUUGUAGGUAAGACUCGUAAUACAAAAGGCUAUUUUGAUACUCACAAUAUGUGCAAAUUUUUCUCGUUGCAAUAUUUGUGUCAUCCGCUUCUACCUGCACAUUGUACUCGGGAGGUUUUUUUUUUUAUAUUUUGUCUAAAUUGGUAUACGGUGCCGCACAGGAAAAAAAUUAUAUAUUAUAUUUUUAUUACUAUUGUUAUUGUUAUUAUUAUUAUUUAAUAAUUUGUUCAACAUAGACAUAUUGGCAUGUCUAUGUUUAUUCAAUGAUCAAGAAAUCAGCUGCAAUAUACCUGUGAGGGUGUGCGUGCGCGAGUUGGAUGUGUACGUGUGCGCGUUUUGUUGGGGAAGUUGAGAAUAAGAUUGCCUGCUGUAGUGUGUAAUGUGUAGGUGUGCAAAGGACACGAUAAAAACAUUAACUUAACUGAUAAAAAUCCGUGUUUACGAUUUUCAACCGUGUUUAUUUCGGAGAAAGAUUUUUAAUUAUUAAAAUUAUGUCAUCGUUAAAAGUCGAAAAAUAUUAGCCAAUUUGAAAAUUAUAUUUUUUGUAAAUAUCGCUACUAUGUUUUUAUAAUUAUUUUUAAUUUUAAAUCUAAAAUUUGAAUAAAGAUUAAUUUAAGUUAGUAUUAAAUGUUGGCACUCCUGAACAAAGUUGAUGAUAUGGUGGGAAAACCGUAGGUCCGCGAGGUAUGAGAAGUCGACUGUGUACGAUUAAACGAGCAUGACAUAAUGUGAUAUUGUAGUAUUGUCUAUGCUCGAUGUUGUAUUCUGUUCCACUGUUGCAAUUGCUACGUCUGUAUUCCUGCACAGUUCCUCUUUAGCCUUUAAGUUAAGGAAUAUUGUUUAUAUGUCUGACAUGUUCAGAAAUUCAGAAUAGCAUUUGCCCUAUCCAGUUUUCAGACCUUUUAUUUACAUAACGUCUUGUUAUAACUAUAAACUACUAUACAUUUCACAUUCCGUGUAUAAUUUCUGUACCUAUUAAACUAUUUUUUAAAUUAUAACUUUAUUAAGUACUCAUUAUUAAUAAUAUCAAUCGUAUUUGUAGACAUGAGUUAUACGUACCUACGUGGUACUUAGCUGUUAUGUCGAUAAUAAGAGAAAUUUAAAUUACUAACUACCUACUUAGGACUUACAUCAUGAGUUCAACUUCAAACUUUGAUGACUCGACUAUUGGUAAGUUAUGAUUUAGUAGCCAAUUAUUAAUGUCUACCUAUUUAGUGAAAAUGAUCAAGGCCGGAUUAAACCUAACUAGGCAUAUAAUUUUGUGUAACACAUUGUUUUUUUCAAAGUAAUAUAUCACAUUUGAAAUUUAAGCUAUUUUUAUAAAAUUAUCUGAUGUGAAUUUGUUGACAAAAAAAAUGUAUAUUAUUUAAAUAAUUUAAAAUGAUUAAUUUUAAUAUACUACACCUCGUAUCAUUUGCAAUCGCAUCCAACCAUCUCUUUUUCAGUUUUCCUGUCUACCUAUUUUUUUCUAUGUAUAUUUUUCUCUUAAGUAUACUCAUUCACCUAAUCAUUUUCAUCUCUGUUACACUCAUUCUCUAUUCUAUUUUUCUAUCUACACUCCAUUAACAAUUCGAAAACCAUUUAAUAUAGUCGGUCUCACCACACAUAUAUUGGACUUCUCUUCUAGCUUAUUGGAAUUCUCAUGCCACAUAAAACACUUUCCUCUUCUCUUAAUUUUAUUCACCCACAUUUAAUCCUAUGUUUCACAUCCUCACAAAAGCCACUGUUUGUACAAAAGAUCCGAGAUAUUUAAAAUUCUCAACAUCGAUUAUAAUCGCUUAUUUUCGUUAACUAUAUUUUCCUAUUCCUCCAAAUUCAUACUCCGUUUUACUUCUAUUUAACCUUAGUCCCUUUUCUUCAAUUACUACUCCCCAUUCCUCAAUGGAAUCUUUAACUUAUUCCAAAUGCUAUGCUAUUAAAGCUAUCCUAUUAUAUCAUUUGCAAACAUCAUGCAACAUUGUACUUCUUUCAUCUGAUAUUCCCUCUUAUAUCAGAGAUAAGACAAUCUAUAGAAGUUUUUUAGAACUCCUCAUACUGCUAUUAGAAUUUUACACUGGUUGUCAACCUAAUGCAAUCUCAUUAGACACUUACAACAAGUAGAGGCACCGCACAGGAAAAAUGUUAUUGUUAACUAUAAAGUGAAUUCCUCCACCCUCUAGAAACAAUACCAUAUUUAUUAUACCAGUUGGAAUCACUCACUUAAGUUUUCCAUUGGUUGGAGCUCGAGACCUAGGGUUCGAUGAACUCAGCAUCAUAUGCUUCUCUGAGAUUAUGUUAUUGUGUAUAUUACUAGAAAUUAAUAAAUAAAUUAGCCCCUGAAUUGCCUAUGUCUAGAUAUGUGCCUAGCUCUUCUAUACGUCCAUCUGGACCUAAACAUCAUAAUAGCCAUAGUUUUUGGAAAAUUUAAAAAUCAAGGAAUUUGUACAAAACACCAAAAGUAUAAUUUUUAUCACAAAUCUCUAUAGGAAAAUAAAAAUUAUUUUAAAAUCUAUAAAAACGUUUUUAAAUUUUCACUUUCAAACAUAUUAUUUGCUUUAGAUUACGCUUCUAAUGUUCAAUAAUACCUACCAUAAAGUUAUUAAUUUUCAAAACAUGUUCAAUAUUAAUUUUAUUUGUUUGCCUCAUAAAAUGUGUGUACAUUAUAAGGAAUACAAGUUUUAAAAAAAAUGUCUUACUUUUUUAUUUACUUUGGUAAAAGGUACAUUCUGGAAAAUACCUAUGUAUAUAUUUUAACUUUAAAGUUUUUUAGAUAAUGUUUAACAUUAAUGUAAUGUACUUAUAAUAUAAUUUUGAUAAAAAGUAGUAUUUACUAACAUGAGUUUUUAUUCAAAUUUAAUAAAAAUAGUUAUUUUAAAUUCAUAAUACAUAUAGUUAAUUUUUGUUAAUAUCUAGAACCAUUCGAUUGGAAUAAAUAUCUUACAAUAAGAAAUUCAGAAGAAGUUCCUGAAGAUUUUUUUUUUCAUGUGAGUAGUUAUUUUUGUUAAAUAAACAAAUAUAUAUGUGUAAAUAAAAAUACCUACAUAUUUUAAAACAAUUUUAUUUACAGAUUUGUAAAAGUGAACAAAAUGGAAUAGAAGUAGGAUCAGUUGUUGAAGUUGAAAAUGAAGAUCAGAAUAGCUAUUGGUUUGCCAGUGUGUGUUCAUCCAAGGGAGUUAUAAUCAAGUAUAAUUUAAUUUAAUUUAAUAAACUUAUGAACCUAAUAAUGAAAUGAAAUAAUUAGUAAAAUAUUAUUUUAGUUUACAUUAUAUUGGUGAUGAAAAUGAUAAACACGACUUUUGGCUAGAAUUGAAAUCAUCACGAAUUCAUCCUUUAAAUUGGGGAAGUGAAAAUAAUAAAAAACUAGUACCACCAUAUCCUGAUAGAUUUCUACGGGUAAAUUCAGAAGUUAUUAAAGAAAAAGUUCAAUAUUGUGAAAAUGUUGUACCUAACUCUGUCCUACAAAUGGUAUUUAUAUUUUUAUUUUAACAAAUUAUUGAAUUCCAAAAAAAAAUAAUGAUUUUGUGUUUUUAAUUUCAUAAUUUAAAUAAUUAUAAAAAUGUAUACAUUUAUUUCAGAAAGGUGCUCCAAUUUAUAAUAUAUUCAAGCCAGGAAUGUUUGUAGAAGUUCAAGAUAAAGAAUAUCCUUAUCGAGUUUGGAUUUCAAAAGUACCCAAUAUAGUUUUUAUUAUGUUAAUUUUUUUUUUUAGGUUUACUCUUGUUCUUUAGUAACUUCCCAUCACAACAUGCUUGACAGUCUAUUUAGUAAUAUCUGUGUACAUGUAUAUAUAUAUAUAUAUAUAUAUUUUUAGAUACUUAAAAAUGUAGGAGGGAGGUUGUUUGUGAAAAUGCUAGGAGUAUCAUCUCCAGAAGAAACACCAUUUUGGCUAUUUUAUUCAAAUGAGCGUAUUUUUCCUUUAGGGUGGGCAGACCAGAAAGGUAUAUUACUAUAUUAUAAUACAAUUAUAAUAUAUGUUCUAUGUAUUCUACAUAUAAAUCAAUGUUUAUAGGUCUUCCAUGGAGAGUCAUGAAUGUAGAUGUCAAUAUUGAAGAAUCCACUAAUGAUUCUAGUUUAUUAGUGAAUGUAUUAAAGGUAAAUAAAUAUACAAUAAAAUUAUUGUAUCAUUAUAAAGUAAUAAUAAUUAAUUUUGUGAAAUCUUUGGAUUUUAAAAAUAUUUGAAAAGUUAAUAUAAUGAAGGCUAUUACAAUUAUUAUUUUUUUAAGAUUAUGAAUUGAAUUAUUAUUUUUAUUAUUAGGGAAAUUAUGUAUCUAUAUUUUAGAAAAACUAAGGUUUUGACUAACCAAUAAAAAUAUGCAAAAGCAUACAAAUAUCUGCUCUGAUAAUCAACACAUUGAAGUCAAAUAUCUAAACAAUUUGUCUUUGAAAAUCAUAGAUGUAAUACAUAUAUAUUUGUAAUAAACUAAAUUAUGAAGAUUAUCUUUUCAUUAAUAUAUCCAUUAACUGUAUUUUUCAAUGUAAUAUUUUUAUUAGGUACAUGUUAAAGCUCCAGAUCAUUUUUUUUUUUAUAUAACAUCUGUUUCUAUUAAAAUUUGAUUUAUUCUAUGAUGUAUUAUAUUCUGAUAUCUAAAUGUAUUAUUGUUUGCAAUUCAUUAUAUAUUACUAAUAGAAAUUUGAAUAUAUUGUCUUGAGGUCAUUGUAAUCACUACAGAUAAGUAAUCAAUUGUAAAUGGGCUUGUUACACAAUAUUUCUACAAUUAUAAUACUAUAUAAUUUCUGUUAUCAACAUUUUAAAUUCUGAGUGGAGUAAGGAAUGCAAUGGUUUACAAUGUUUAUUGUUAUUAAUUUUUUGUUUGUCUGUGAACAAAUUUUCUACCUAAAAUCUUGUUCCGAUUUACAAUGAUCACACGUUUUCUAAAAAGAAAUCCUCCUCCCCUCACCACAAAAAAAAGGAAAAUAGGUACAAUAUUAAAAAAAAAAUUAUAUAAUAUAUGUGUAAUUAUUUUACCAUUGUAUGAUAUAAUAUAUAUUAGUAACAAAGCAGUUCUAUCAACUAAACUUUGCUCAGAAUCGUUUUUUCACUAGCAAUAGUUAAUUGUUGCUUAUAGAUAUACAUUAAAUUACCUAUAACAGUGGCUGCACCCAUUCCCAUUAUCCUAGGACAGCCUUUUUUUUUGAACAGUUAAAUAUAUAUAUGUAUUUAAAAAAAAAAAAAAACUAAUAUUUAAUUUAAAUGUUUAGUUUAAUAAAACCCAUCUUGAGCUAACCCAUAGUACGUUAAAAAUAAAAAUUGAAUACAUGCAAGUUUUAUACUUUCCCUGCUCUAAUAAUAUAUCUAUAUUAUAACUAUUAAAUUAAUAACAACAUUUAAUUCAUCAAUAUUUUAAUCAUUUUAUAUUUAUGCAAUCAGCCAAAAUUUCCAGAACAACACAGUUAUAAAGUUGGAGAUAUGUUAGAAGUAAUAAAUCCGUAUUCUUUAAUGGUCUUCUAUGUUGCUACAAUCGUUAAAAUAUAUGACAAUCGUUAUUUUAAAGUUGAAAUGAACAAUGACAGUGAUACAGAAAAACGUAUAACUUUUGUGGCAACUAAGGAAAACCCAUAUUUAUUUAAUGCAGGUUAAAAUAAUAAUCUCUAAAUAAUUAGUUUUCUUUGUAGUAAUUGUGCAUAAUUGUAUGUAAUUUUAGGUUGGGCGGACAAACACAAGUUCUUAUUAAAGCCUCCUUCUGAUUGGGAUUCAUCUGACAAAUUUUAUUGGUCAAAGUAUACUGCAAUGAAGAAUUCUAGAUUAGCUCAAGUUGAUAAUGCAUGCAGGAAAAAAAUGGGCAAUAUUCAUAUUGGCAUGAAACUUGAAGCUGUUGAUCCUGUAAAUCCUGACCAUAUCCGAGUAGCUACUGUCAAAGGGUUUGCAGAUAAUUGGAUUUUUUUGUCUUUUGAUCGUUCAAAUUGGUAUUAAAUUUGUAAAUAUAAUAAUUAUUAACUAACUUAUUAACUAAACACUGUGUGAGUUUAGGUGUCAAGAAUUAUUACACGUACGUUCCAUUUAUUCUGAUGAUAUUUUUCCAAUUGGUUGGUGUAAUAAACACAAAUAUUCAAUAGGUACCCCAAAAAUUCCUUUUACUGAUUGUAAUAGUUUUGAAAAUCAUUAUUAUGCAUCUGAUAUUGAUAUGGACUUCAAUGAAUCACAUACAGAACUUUUAACAAAAUAUCCAAAUUAUUUCAAAGGGGAAAUUCCCUAUCACUAUAGCCAAAAGUAAUUUUGUCUAUUAACUUAUAUAAUAGAACACUUAUUAUUAUAAAGAAUAAAUCUUGAUUUCAGGGAUGGUCAAACUUGUAAAGAUGAUUUAGAAGAGUCAAUACAAAACAUAUUAAAUAAUAGUUGUGUUAAUAUUCCUAGUACAAAAACAGAGGAUAAUAAUGUUGUUACUGAACCAAUUAUUCAUGUUAAAGUAGAACAAACUAAAUUAGAUGAAAAAUUCCGUGAAGCAUUAUUUUUAGAAGUAGACAACAAAGCAGAAGUAGAAGAAGACAAUGCAGAAGUAGAAGAAGACAAUGCAGAAGAAGAAGAUAAAGAGAAAAAAAAAGAAAAAAAAGAAGAUGAAAAGGAAGAAAAAGAGGAGGAAAAAAAUGUUGUUACUAAAAAAAAAGUUAAUCUUAAAAAAAAAAAAAAAGUAAAACAACAAAUUAAAACAUUUUAUAAAAAUAGUUAUAAAAUGUGUAUUUACUUUAACAAAAACUGUUCUACUAAUAAUCAUUUUAUAAAAAAAAAAAUCGCAAAGAUACCAAAUUGUAUUGGACCAGGUCCUGUAUCUACAAUUUUACAUCAAGCACUCACCUUAUUUGUUAAAUUAGAAUAUGUUCCUUCAACCGCGUUGCGAAAAAUCAAAAAAAAUCAAAGUUCGUUAUUUAAUGGACCUGGUGGUGUUACUAUGGUAAUUACAGCCCAGUAAGUAUUUACAUUUAUCAUAGAAAUAUGAUACUAAAAUAGUAACAAAUUGUAUACACUAUAUUAUUUUAAAGAAAUACGAGAACUCGUUCAAAUUAUUCUGAGCAACUUCUUUUGCCGGAAUCCAAGAAAAUGGCUCAAAUUUAUUGUUCAACACUUUGUCGUUUAACUGGUGUGUGUGAAUGUUUUAUGACUACUGAAAAAACUGUAUGUCCUCAUUGUAUUGUAAAUAAAAAGAAAAGUAAGUUAUAUUAAUGUAUUCAAAAAAUUCUAUAAAUGAUAACAGUAUCAUUUUAGAUUCUUAUCGGAGUGAGAAACAUAUUAAUUUACUAUAGUAUAUAUUUUUCGUCUAUUAACAUAGUUCCAACUAAAUAAUAAUAAUAAUAAUAAUAAAAAAAUCUACAGUGUUUCUGGUAGAAUUGUCAAUGUUGGUCAUUUUUUAAUAUUCCUAGUACUUUUUAUGUAAAACUAGGGAAAAUUUGACAACUAAUGAUAAAUUAAUACUAAUAAUUCUUUUAAAAAAGGUAAAAUUAAAAAUCAAAAAUCUGAAUUAUGAUGUACAAAUUAAAAUAAUUUCAAUAAAUAUUAAGUGUUACAAUUAUUUUAUGGACUUCAUUGGGCAAUCAUUUAAGUAUUGGUUUUACUAAGAUGUUUAUUUUUUGUUUCUUCUAGUUUGUGGACACGUUUCUUAUUAGUAAACUUACUCCAAUUUUUACGUGUAGCACCUUAUCUGAAAGCUUAAAUUGUCCAGAUUGUGUUUUAAAAAGUUCAUUUUUUAGUUUUCGGCGCCAUUUUUUAAAUAAAUGCACUUAAGUGGGGAAAAAAACAUAGGAAAACGUACAAUUUCUUUAUUUUAUAAAAACACAGACGACAUUUUCUACCAGAAAAAAUGAUUUAAUCGAAAAAAAUCACAAGACACCUUUUUUGUUACUUUUUUGAUUCACUUGCUUACGGUAUCAUAGCCAAAAUUGUUGAGUCACUUUUGAGCUUUAAAGAAUUUAAAUUUUUGGGAAUUUCUUGCUGUAAUUUGGUUAUAAAUACACAUAGAGACUUGAAACUUAGUAAUAAUACUUAUAUUAGAUAUACUUAGACAUGGUAAAAUUUCAAAAAUCAUCAGACGACUUUUUUUUUAUAAGUGUUUUGAAAUCAAAUUUAAACAAAAAUAGGAAAAAUAACUUAUGGCACCUCAAAUUAUGUAUUACUGAACUGCGUUCGGAAUCGUCUUCCAUCAAGCAACAGUUUAUCGUUGCUUAUAGAUAUAACUGAAAUAACCUUAUGUAUCCUACCUUCCCAACUUCCCACCUACAACAGUGACCGCUCCCAUCCCCAAUAUCAGCUCUUUGUUUCUUUUUUAUCUUUGUUCUAAUCUAUAGACACGUUUUUUCCUAGUAAACUUGCUUCAAUUUUUUUUUUACAAGUACAUAAAAAAUAGCAUGCUAUGUAGGUAUUUAAAAAAAGACCUCUUAUAGUGUUCCAUAAUAUAAUGGAAUAACGACCAUAUUUUUAUAAUAAUGUCAAAGUAUCUUACUACAUUAAUUUAACUACUGAUAUUCAGCAUAUUUUUAUAAUUUUAGAAUUAAAGUUGGAAACAAAUACUGUGCAAACAAAUGCGAAACCUAUGAAGAGAAAGGCCGAGUUUGGUGUUUCUACAAGUUCUAAAAAACAUGGAAAUGAAAUAAUUUAUGAACAAAUUUCUAAAGUUGGUAGGUUUUUUUUUUAAGAAUAAUAUUUCUUUUUCAAAUUAUUUAUUUAAUAAAAAUAUAAUUCAUUCAUUGUUUCAUAUGGUUUUAUGAUGUUUAUAUAGCUGCCGAAGAAUUAGAUUGGUCAAACAAAGCUUUAGUUGAAAGGUAUAAGUAUUAUAUGGCGUGUAUAAUUAACUAUGAAGCACACGUAAAAAGAUUAAGUGAGAGUUUGACUCAACAUGAAUUGGCCCUAUUAAUUGAAAUUGAAACAAAAAAAGCUUAUCUUAGAGACAUGGACGAUAUUGCUAUAUAUAGUAAUACAAAAUCAGAACUCGAUAAAGUUGAAGAGAAAGAAUUUCCUUUUAUUAAGGAUUGGUAUGUGUGACUAUUAAUAAAUGUUAUAUAUUUAUUAUAGUUAUAAUGAUUGAGAAUUUUGUAGGAAAACUAGUUUUGAGAACUUUUACCGUAAAAGUCCAGUUUAUAAAAAUACAAUAAUUAAUAUAGAUGAUUUUGAACACAUUCAAGUUACAUCAAAUCCAAAAUUUUGGUCUCCUGAUGAUGUUUAUAAAUAUUUAUCAAAUGAUAAAUAUUGUACUGAUAUUAAAAAAGUUCUUCUUUUAGGGGUAAGUAUAUAACUUAUUAUUAACAUUAUUAUAAUUAUCAUUUGGCAUUAUUUAUUAAGUUUUUAAAUGAUUAAAUGAUUAUUGUUUUAGCAAGUUGAUGGUGUAGCUUUUAUGUUAUUAAAUGAGGAACAACUUGUAUACCGAUUAAAGUAUUCAAUUAAUUUAGCAAUACGAGUUAUGUGUCAUGUGGCUUAUGUUAAACACACCCUUUUAACAAAAUACAAUAAUCAUUGA